AUGGUUUUGGGAAGAGUUCGAAAGGAAUGGAAAGCCGAAUACUUCCAGAAGGUCGAGCGAAUCCUCUCCACCUACGAUCGGGUCCUCGUCUGCGAUGCUGACAACGUCACUUCCAAGCAGUUCCAGCAGAUCCGAACUGGUCUUCGAGGCCAGGGCGAGAUCCUCAUGGGCAAGAACACCAUGAUGAAGCGAGCCAUGCGAUCCCUCUUCGGUGACAAGCCCGAGCUCGAGAAGCUUAUGAACUUGGUCAAGCUCAACGUCGGCCUCGUCUGCUUCAACGGAGACAUGAAGGAGAUCCGAGACUUGGUCAUGACCUACAAGGUUCCCGCCGCCGCCCGUACUGGAGCUGUCGCCCCAGUCGACGUCGUCGUCCCUCCCCAGGUCACCACUCUUGGUCCCGAAAAGACCUCCUUCUUCCAGGCUCUUUCCGUCCCCACCAAGAUUACUCGUGGUAACAUUGAAAUCACCGCGCCCGUCAACCUCAUCGCUGCCGGCGACAAGGUCGGAGAGUCCGCCGCCACUCUCCUCAACAUGUUGAAGAUCUCUCCCUUCACCUACGGUUUGGACGUCAUCCAGUGCUACGACGCUGGCUCCGUCUACUCCCCCGAGAUCCUCGACAUCACCGAGGACGACAUCAAGGCCCGAUUCAUGGGCGCUGUCGCCAACGUCGCUUCCGUCUCGUUGGCCAUCGGUUACCCAACCGCCGCCUCUGCUCCUCACAGCAUCGCCAACGCCUUCAAGAACAUCCAGGCCGUUGCCGCUGUCACUGAGAUCACCUUCCCACAGGUUGAGAAGCUCAAGGAGUACCUCGCCAACCCAGAGGCCUUCGCUGUCGCUGCUCCAGCUGCCGCCGCUGCUGCUGAGGAAGCCGCCCCAGCCGCCGUCGAAUCUGAGGAAUCCUCCGACGAAGACAUGGGCAUGGACCUCUUCGGUUAA